UCCGCCAUGAAACCACCACCACCACGCCUCCUCCACCUCCUCCUCCUCCGCCGCCACCGCCACCGCCACCGCCACCGCCACCGACACCUUUCCUCCGGCACCGAUGCCGUCGCAGCUGCCGUGGAGAUCGACGGCGCGCUUGCCGCGGCGCCCUCCCCCGAUGCAACGCGCGAUCUCGCCGCCCUUCUCCGCCGCCUCGGCAGGCACGGUCUCGCAUCCGCCCUCUCGUCCCUCCCGGCCCCACUCCCUGCCGCCUCCGCCCUCCGCCUCCUCCAUCAUGUACUCUCCUAUAACGGCCCCGCCGCCUCCACCUCCUGCCGCGGCCACGGCGAUGACGACGACCUCCUCUCCCUGCGCGUCUCCGCGCUCCUCCUCGCCUCGCUCGUCGCCGAUCGCUCCGCGCUCCCCUCUGCGCGCCGCCUCCUCUCGCGGCUCCUCCGCGCACACCCUCUCCCCGUCGCCGUGGCGGCUGUCGCGGACACCGCAUCCAAGCCCGCAUCGGACCUCCUCGUCCACGCCUGCCUCAACUCCACCGCACCUGGAUCCCUGUCGCGUGCCACCGACGCCUUCCGCGUGCUCUCCUCACGUGGCGCCUCCCCGUCCAUCAAAACCUGCAAUAUCCUUGUCGAGGCCCUGGGCCGCGCUGGCCAACUGGACGCUGCCCGCAAGGUGUUUGACGAAAUGCACAAUGGCAAGAACGUCGCCCCAGACGAGUACACAUACACGUCGUUGAUUAAGGCACUCUGCAGGGCUGGCAAGGUGGAUGCUGCUUUUGAGAUGUUUGCAGCAUUACGGCGAGCUGAGCUGCACCCGACAGUAGUGACUUACAAUGUGUUGAUGGAUGCACUGUGCAAGAGUGGGAGGGUGGAAGAGGCCUUCCAGUUGAAGGGGAGGAUGGUCGAAGGCAGGGUGAGACCAAGCGUGGUCACUUUUGGCAUCUUGAUCAAUGGUCUUGCCAGGAGCGAUCAGUUUGGGAAGGUCGGUUCAGUAUUGCAGGAGAUGGAAGGUUUUGGGAUCACUGCCAAUGAGAUUAUUUACAAUGAGAUGAUUGGUUGGCAUUGUAGGAAGGGGCAUUGCUCAGAGGCACUUAGGCUGUUUGAUGAAAUGGUCUCAAAGGUGAUGAAGCCGACAGCCGUGACUUACCACUUGAUUGUGAAUGCUCUAUGCAAGGAAGGGGAUAUGGAGCGUGCUGAGCAGAUAUUGGAUGAGAUGUUGUCAGCUGGGAUGACAGCUCAUUGUGGCUUGUUUAAUACAGUGGUUUCAUGGCUUCUUCAAAGAACUGGAAGACUGGACUCGGUGGUAAGGCUUAUAACAGAAAUGGUUGCAAGAGGUAUGAAACCAAAUGAUGCUCUGAUGACAGCUUGCACCCAGGAGCUUUGUAAAAGAGGGAAACACCAAGAAGCGGCUGGAAUUUUGUUCAAAGUGUUGGGCAAAGGUUUAGCUGUCAAUAUUGCAACAUCCAAUGCAUUGAUUCAUGGGCUUUGCGAAGGAAACAAUAUGAAAGAAGCUACUAAGGUUCUAAGGGCCAUGGUGAAUAAAGGGGUUAAAUUGGAUAGCAUCACAUAUAACAUAAUGAUUCAAGGUUGCUGCAAAGAAAGUAAAGUGGAGGAAGCGAUUCAACUACGUGAUGACAUGAUCAAAAGCGGGUUUAAGCCUGAUCAUUUCACAUUUAAUACUUUCCUACAUGCUUAUUGCAAUCUGGGUAAAAUGGAAGAGGUCCUUCAUCUGUUGGAUCAGAUGAAAAGUGAGGGCCUUAAGCCAGAUAUUGUGACAUAUGGUACCAUAAUAGAUGGUUAUUGUAAAGCAAAGGAUAUUCAGAAGGCAGAUGAAUAUUUUGUUGAGUUGACAAAAAAUGGGUUAAAACCAAAUGUUGUCAUCUAUAAUGCUCUUAUUGGUGGUCAUGGUAGGAAUGGUAACAUUUCCGAUGCAAUUGGUGUUCUUGACACUAUGAACUCUAAUGGCAUACAACCAACUGCUGUAACUUACUGCAGUCUUAUGCAUUGGAUGUGUCAUGCUGGUCUUGUUGAAGAGGCCAAGACCAUUUUUGCACAAUGUAUGGAAAAGAACAUUGAGUUAGGAGUAAUUGGCUACACAGUCAUGAUUAAUGGUUUUUGCAAAAUAGGAAAAAUUGAUGAAGCUGUGAUGUACUUUAAGGAAAUGUGUUCCAGGGAUAUAGCUCCUAAUAAGAUUACUUACACCACUCUAAUGUUUGCCUAUUGCAAAUCUGGCAACAGCAAAGAAGCCUCCAAGCUUUUUGAUGAGAUGGUGAGCUCAGGCAUUGUUCCUGAUAGUGUUUCCUACAAUACGCUAAUUUCAGGGUGUUGUGAGAUAGAUUCGUUGGAUAAGGCUAUAGAAAUUCCUGCUCAAAUGUCCUCAAGAGUUUUGCCACAAGAUGAUUGUUCGUACAAUGCAUUGGUUAGUGGAGUAGCUACACCGUGGUGCCAGAAAGAAGCUGCUUCCAGUGCUGAAUGAUGUGUAAUCAAGGAGCCACAGGGCACCGACUGCUUUUUGUGACAGGUAUCAUCCAAGCAUGAAGAGGAACUAGGGAGAAUAUGUGGACGCUCACCUCACUUUUGGUUGUAUGGCAGUAUGGCUUAUGCAUCUAGCAAACAUGCCGCUCAUGGUUAUCAACCUGUUACCAUGGAGGACAGUCCAACAGUAGCAGUAGGCAGUCCGAAGGUUUAUAAGUUGUAAAGUAUACAUGGUCAUCAACCUGCUUCGAGAGCCAUCAUGGGGCGGCCACAGAGUUCACUUGGGCCUUAUAUCUGGUCAUGGACACGGGUGCGGGUGUCGGAGUCCGACUUAUGUCGGGGCGUCCGAUUCGGCAAAAAAAUUUGGGACACGCCAAAUACCACUUGGAAUCCGACACGGAUACGCAAGUGUCCGACUCGGCGAAAAAAUUUGGACACGGGUGUCCGGGUAACACAGACCAAAAGGUUGCACGCAUACCCUGCUGGGCAUGAUGUUUGGUGGGUGACCUUGCUACACUAGGCAGAGGGCACUCCAGCAUGUGUUGGCAUAGCAGACAACAGACCCAGUGAUCGAAGGACCCAUCGACACUGGUAUUUGCGCAUUGACCACUGGUCAGGCAAGACUAGCCGCUGAUUUCUCUAUCUACUAACUACUAUUAUAAAGAGGUAAUUUUAUCAUCCGACCUCCCUCAGUUUCCCUGCCUAGAAUAAAACCAGAAAAAUAUCAUCGUCCAGUGCUAUGGAAAACCCCCUAAGUAAAACCAGACGAAGCUGACAUGUGGGCUUAAAUUGCCAUGUAUGACCAUUUUUGACUAUUUAAAUGGCCAGACCGUGUAACCAGCCGUUUAUGCCCUAAAGUAUGCGGCUGGCCAUCGACUAGCGUCUACACGCCGACUAGUCGGACUGCAUGGCUGUUUAGGAGAACACUGAAUAAUUCAGGUCUCGAGAUCCAUUGGUAUGUUUACUUCAUGAAGCCGGAGUGCUGCACGGAACACUUCUUAUUGUCCCCCCUAUUGCAUUGAAGAGGCCAGCUCUUAGCGGCUAGCACUGAUCCGCUGAAACAUCAGUUUAUGUUUGACACUGAAACCAAAUGACCAAUUGCUGGUAUUUGCUUCAGAUGGUGUUUGGGAGCAUCUCAUUGAUGAUGAUGCAGUGCUAAUUGUCUUCAAGAAUUCCAGAACAGGAAUUGCUAACAGAUUAGUAAAGUUCAAAUGUGAAGAAGCCAUAUGGAAGAGAGUUCAGGUACCAUAAAGCCAUUAGUGUCGUUGUGAUCUAUCAUAACUUCCACUGCAGGGACUGUUGCACCAGGAUUGUCGACUUGAGUAGCAACUGCACCACUGCUCUCGUCAACAUCUAAUCCUCUAACGUCGGCCCAGCUGAAAACCUUUACAAGCUUUUCAGAUCAAGUUCAAAUGACUGGGACAGCUUGAUGCAGGCAGCAUUGUUUGGUACUGUAGCACGAUUUGCCUGCUCUCGUGCUGCCUGCCAAAGUAGUUUCAGUUGGAAAUUAGAGAUAGAAUGAUCAGUUUCCUUGUUAGUUGAGUUUACUGCUCUAUAAAUAUAUUCAAUGUAUUAGAAACAAGUUUCCAUAGAGAUGGUUUCUUAGGAGCAAGUCAACCAAUCCCUAUAAAUGGGACAUCAUGUAUCCAUUAUGAAUCAAGCAAGAAAAAAUUGAUGUCUUUCCCA